GCAGGAGCUCCAGGCUAGUGCGGAUCUACAAAGUUUGUCCGCUCCGGGGCACCGUAGGUGGCUUUUACCCUGGCCGAGAGGGCCCGGCUGGGCUAGACUGGGCUCAGCGGCUGGAGCCCGGCUUAGCUUAGGAGACCCUGAUGGCUGCGGUGUUUCUAGUAACGCUCUACGAGUACUCGCCGCUUUUCUACAUCGCGGUGGUCUUUACUUGCUUCAUCGUGACCACCGGCCUGGUGUUGGGAUGGUUUGGUUGGGAUGUUCCAGUAAUUCUGAGAAAUUCGGAAGAGACCCAGUUCAACACAAGAGUUUUCAAAAAGCAAAUGAGACAAGUAAAGAAUCCUUUUGGCUUAGAGAUCACCAAUCCAUCUUCAGCUUCAAUUACAACUGGCAUAACUUUGACAACAGAUUGCCUUGAAGAUAGCCUCCUUACUUGCUACUGGGGGUGCAGUGUUCAAAAAUUAUAUGAAGCUCUGCAGAAGCACUUUUAUUGCUUCCGAAUAAACACUCCUCAAGCAUUAGAAGAUGCUCUGUAUAGUGAAUAUCUCUAUCAAGAGCAGUAUUUUAUUAAAAAGGACAGCAAAGAAGAAAUAUAUUGCCAGUUACCAAAAGAUACUAAAAUUGAAGACUUUGGUACAGUGCCCAGAUCUCGCUAUCCAUUGGUAGCGCUGUUGACCCUAGCUGAUGAAGAUAACCGAGAAAUUUAUGAUAUUAUUUCCAUGGUGUCAGUAAUUCAUAUUCCUGAUAAGACUUAUAAACUCUCCUGUAGAAUAUUAUAUCAAUAUUUACUCCUGGCUCAAGGUCAAUUUCAUGAUCUUAAGCAACUUUUCAUGUCGGCAAAUAAUAAUUCCACUCCCUCCAGAAGUUCCUCUCCAGAGGAAAAAAACACAGACCGAAGUUUGCUGGAAAAGGCUGGACUAUCUGAAAGUGAAAUGGAGCCUCCAGAAGAGAAUAGCAAGGACUGCGUGGUUUGCCAGAAUGGGACUGUGAACUGGGUGCUCUUGCCAUGUAGACACACGUGCUUGUGUGAUGGCUGUGUUAAGUAUUUUCAGCAGUGCCCAAUGUGCAGGCAAUUUGUUCGGGAAUCUUUUGCACUUUGCAGUCAAAAAGAGCAAGGUAAAGACAAAUUGAAAAGUCUCUGAGGAUGUUGUUACAACUGAGAAGUACACUUCCCACUGAAGAUGCAGUGUUCUUGUGUUCUUGGAAUUAAUCAUAACAGGGAAUCUACAGUGUUAACUGUCAGUGAAAAUUCUAUUUUGACUUCAUAUUUGUAUGGUACAUGGAUGGUGAAAAUUAAUUAUUCCUUGCUGUUCAGUAUGGCAAAUACUGGAAUCCCAUUCUGGGUCAAUGCAUAAAAAUUCAUUCAACCUCUUGAGAAGAAUGUAAACAUUUGUCCUUUAUCAGCUAGAGGAUUUCACGUAAUGUUGAUUAGAAAAAUUCUGAAAAGCAAUCCAUCUAAAAUUUGAGGAAGUAAAAGUCUUAAGAUUUCUGAAUGUUUUUCCUUUGACAGAUUCUAGAAUGCAGUUGGGUAAAAAUGAAAUCCUUCUUAAAAUAAUUGUAUGUUCGCUGGUUUACAAAAGAGUUGGAAAGGGCUUCUAACUUUAAAUCCUUUCCUGAAAUAUCCAUUUUUAUAAAUAUCCAGCUGUUUGGUUUCUAAUUUUCCUUAUAAUUAUAGUCA